AUGGCAGGGCUCAUUAUCGAGAUGACUUCACUGACCACAGGCAGCGAUGCAGACGAGACUGAGGAUAAAGGGUCAUGCGAUAACACCGACUUGACACGCUGGGUUGUGCGAGACAAUGAGCUUAUCUGUUUAGGGCCUGGGGAAGAAGAGACAGAUAAUGAUAUCCAGGACCUUGAUACUACAGCUCUGGCUUCGUUACUUUCACAGGACCCUUACAACAGUUCGCAUGAAGGAUAUAACUGCAGAUUUGGUUUACUGCACGGAUGGAUGGCAAGCCUACGGGACGGUCCCUUUGAUCGCGAGGUGACUAUGCAGAUAAUGUCCGUGGCGAACAAUUUUGAUUGGCCUGCUAUCUUCAAGGCCGUAACGAAGACACUCGUCUACAACCUUCCUGGACGCCCUGACCAUGUCACAUCCGGUCACCUCUACACGCCGGCCUGUAUUUGUGAUUUCAUUGGCUAUACCCGUACUCUCCUAAUCGCCAGCCUAUCAGUUUGGUCUAUGAUAGUUGACCGGGAUUAUACCCCAGAAACAUGUCGUUGCAACGAAUGUCUGCCCUUAGUGUACCUAAUGGCGGUAGUCCGCAGAGUGGGCCCGGGGCGUGAGGGUUAA